GGGGGCCGACGGGAUGGCGGCGGGGUGGGCGGCCCCGCGGGUCCUGCUGCUGGUCCUGCCGCUCCUCGGCCCGGGCCGCGCCCGGCCUUGGGACCCCGCCGGCUACCUGCUCUACUGCCCCUGCAUGGGACGAUUCGGAAACCAGGCGGAUCAUUUCUUGGGGUCGUUGGCCUUCGCCAAGCUGCUGAACCGGACUCUGGCGGUGCCGCCCUGGAUUGAAUAUCAGCAUCACCGCCCUCCCUAUACCAACGUCCACGUGCCGUACGAGAAAUACUUCGAGCUGGAGCCCCUCCUCGCCUACCACCGCGUCGUCAGCCUGGAGGACUUCAUGGAGACCCUGGCCCCCCGGCACUGGCCCCCCGACGAGCGAGUGGCUUAUUGCUUCCAGGCGGCCGCCGAGCGGAGCUCCGACGGGAAGACCUGCCCCAUGAAGGACGGAAACCCCUUCGGGCCAUUCUGGGACCAGUUCGACGUGAACUUCAGCCGGUCGGAGGUGUUCAGCGGCCUGGCUUUCAGUCCGGGCUACAGAGAUCACUGGAUCCAGAGGUUCCCGGCCAGCGAGCACCCGGUGUUGGCGUUGCCCGGGGCCCCGGCGCAGUUCCCGGUCCUGGAGGAGCACCGCCGCCUGCAGAAGUACAUGGUCUGGGCGCCGGCCCUGGCCCGCGACGGGGAGGCCCAGAUCAGCGCCCACCUCGUUCGGCCGUACGUGGGCAUCCACCUCCGGAUCGGCUCCGACUGGAGGAACGCGUGCGGCAUGCUGAAGGACGGGUCGGCCGGUCCCCACUUCAUGGCGUCGCCGCAGUGCGUGGGCUACCACCGGCCCAGCGCGGCCAAGCUGACCUCGGCCAUGUGCCUGCCGGACCUGGCGGAGAUCGAGCGGGCCCUGAGCCUCUGGGUGGGGAAGGUCCGGGCCCGCGCCGUCUACGUCGCCACCGACUCGGAGAGCUUCGUCCCGGAGAUCCGCCGGCUCUUCAAGGGGGCGGUGAAGGUGGUCUGCCUGCGGCCGGAAGUGGCCCAGCUGGACCUCUACAUCCUGGGCCGGGCCGACCACUUCAUCGGCAACUGCGUGUCCUCCUUCACCGCCUUCGUCAAGCGGGAGCGGGAGCUGCUGGGAAGACCCUCCUCGUUCUUCGGCAUGGACCACCCCCCGCCUCCCCGGGAUGAGUUCUGAGCCCCUCCGGCGCGGCCCGGCGGGUGGAGCCCGGGCCCGGGCGUCG